AUGGCCGCCAACGCUUCGACAACGCCUCAUGUGUCUGAGGAGAACCAUGUUGCCGGCGAAAACGACAUCGAAAAAAGCACUGCCCAGAACUCGGUUGAUAUCCAUGCCGAGCCUAUGAAGCUCGACUAUGAGGAGGAUCCCGAGCACAAGCAAGAUGGUGUCAAGAAGGUGGAGGCCAUCACCUCAGUGUGGUCUUGGAAGAUGCUCUGGGUUGUCUUUGCCCUCUUGUACCUCGUUUCCUUCACCGACGGCCUCUUACAAUCUGUCCAGAGCAACCUGACGCCUUACGUGACCUCCUCAUUCGGUCAGCAUGGAUUGCUUGCGACUACCAGCAUUGUCUCCACGAUUCUCGGCGGUGUCUCCAAGCUCACGAUCGCCAAGAUUAUCGAUAUUCGCGGCCGUGCGGAAGGCUUCGCCGGCAUGGUCUUCCUCGUCACCAUCGGCAUGAUCAUGAAGGCUACGUGCCAGAACGUUGAGACGUACGCUGCCGCGCAGACGAUUUUCUGGGUUGGUCAUCUUGGGCUCAUCUACAUCAUCACUAUCGUUCUCUCCGAUAUGACUUCCCUGAGAAAUCGUAUGACUAUCAUCGCUCUGAACGGCACGCCGACGAUAGCCACGACUUUUGCCGGUCCUGAGAUUGCGCAGCUGUUUUAUGAUGAGGUCAACUUCCGCUGGGCAUUCGGCGCCUUUGCCAUCAUCUUGAUCGGUUUCAGUGUUCCUGUCGCUGUUAUCUUCUUCUUGAGCGAGAUCAAGGCCAAGAAGACUGGUUUGAUCCCCCUUAAGCAGAAGACCCGGUCUACCUGGGAAUCUACCAAGCAUUACUUCAUCGAAUUUGACGUCGCGCACAAUCAAGAUAUUACGAGCUCUGGCUACAUCCUCAAUGCCUUCAGCUUGACCUCUGCAAUCAUUUCUCCCUUCAUCGGAGUUGCGAUUCGAUACACCGGCCGCUUCAAGUACAUCGCCCUUUCCGGAGUACCUAUAUGCGUCCUCGGCACUGCGCUACUCAUUCACUUCCGUACCCCGUCAACCACCGUUGGUUACCUUGUCAUGUGCCAGAUCUUCAAUGGCGUUGCCAGCGGCAUCUUCAGCAUCUGCUCCCAAAUCGCCAUUAUGUCGUCUGUCACUCACCAGCAGAUCGCCAUUGCUCUCGCGUUGCACGGGCUCUUCGGUUCCAUCGGUGCUGCCAUCGGCUUAGCUAUCGCUGGUGGUAUCUGGAACAAUGUUCUUAAGAAGAACAUCUAUGCCCAGCUCCCCGAAGGCAGCAAGGACCUUACUGCAAGCAUUUACGCCAGUAUCGAAACGCAGCUCUCGUACCCCAUGGGCAGCCCUAUUCGCACGGCGAUUAUUGCGGCAUAUGCAGACGUUCAGCGGAAGAUGGUCAUUGCUGGUUGCGCCUUCAUUCCCCUAGUGCUUUUGUCCUUGCUUAUCUGGCGUAACAUCAACGUUAAGACUGUGGAGGAGGAGAAGGGAAAACAGACGAAGGGAACUGUUUUCUAA